AUGAGUUGGCUGGACGGCGCGUUGGACACAAUGGGAUUGGACGAUAGCAACAAGAACAACGACGGACAGUUCCACAUCUGGAUUAUCGUGCUCAUCGUCAUCGGCGCACUUUUCGUCGUCGCCUGGAUCGUCAUCGCCUUCUCGUACUGUUGCGGCAAGCGGAACGGCACGUCGGAGAAUUCGGAGCAGAGCCGCAGAAAAAAAUGA